UCCAGGAGUAUCUUCUGAUCUUGCGCCCUUUUUGGUUGGUACUGGACACCGGCUCGCAAUCAUGCUGGGAAACAUCAAGACAAACCUGGCCUAUGCCAGCACCGUCCUGCUGGCGUCCACCGCCCUGGUGUCUGCGCAGUGCACCAUUCCCCGCAGUGGCCUCCGCUGGAAGGACAAUGGCGGCGCGCUCGCUCAGCCAGCCAGCGGUUGGGCUUCUCUAAAGGACUUCACCGUCGUUCCCUACCAGGGCAAGUACCUCGUGUACGGCACCAAGUACCAGAACCCCAACUAUGGGUCCAUGAACUUUGCCCUCGUCUCGAACCUGGGCGAACUUAGCUCGGCUCGCCAGACUGGUAUGAGCGCCGGCACAGUGGCCCCGACCCUGUUCUACUUUGCCCCGAAGAGCAUUUGGAUCCUAGCCUACCAGUGGGGAGCCACUCCGUUCAGCUACAGGACCUCGACCGACCCUACCAACGCCAACGGUUGGUCCCAGGCUUACCCGCUCUUUUCGGGCUCCAUCUCUGGGAGUGACACUGGUCCUAUUGACCAGACGCUGAUUGCUGACAGCACCACCAUGUACCUGUUCUUCUGUGGCGACAAUGGCAAGAUAUACCGCUCAACCAUGCCCCUAGGCAACUUCCCUGGCAACUUCGGCUCGGCCUCGACCAUCAUCAUGAGCGAUACUAAGGAGAAUCUCUUCGAAGCCGUGCAAGUGUACUCAGUCAAGGGGACGGGCACCUACCUCAUGAUCGUCGAGGCCAUGGGUUCAAACGGCCGUUUCUUCCGCUCCUUCACGGCCACUAGCCUCGGCGGGUCCUGGAGCCCUGCCGCGGUCACCCAGAGCGACCCGUUCGCCGGCAAAGCAAACAGCGGUGCCACCUGGACCAACGACAUCAGCCACGGCGACCUGGUGCGCAGCAACGCCGACCAGAGGUUCGAGAUCGACCCCUGCAACCUCAAGUUCCUGUACCAGGGCCGCAACCCCAACGCCGGCGGCGACUACAACGCCCUCCCCUACCGGCCCGGCCUGCUCACCCUUCAGAACCCCGGCGGCAGCCCCGGCACGGGGAAUCCGCCCACGACCACCGCCUCGCCCCCUACGACCACCCCGCCGCCGUCGGGUAGCUGCGCGCCGCUCUAUGGUCAGUGUGGCGGCCAGGAUUGGACCGGAGCAAAGUGCUGCUCUCAGGGAACCUGCAAGGUUUCUAACCAGUGGUACUCUCAAUGCACCUAGGGCACCAACCCUGACUGGGGGGGGAGUGGCGUGAAUGUAGACUAGGAUUUGCUAUCCAGCCCAUUCUUUCCUGGCACGAACAUUGUAUAUAUCUUUCAUUACAAUCAGAUGGAAUACACAACUACGCUUGCAG